GCGGAGGGGCACUGGAAAGCUCCGUGUUACCCUAGAACUUAAAAAAAAAAAAAAAACUCCGUGUUUCCACCCCCGUCUGCCUGCAGUGGAAGGGCCCGAGCGGAACCAAAGGGGAAGGGGGCGCUGAGCGCGCCGUGUUUUUCCUCCCGUCUGCCUGGAGUGGAACGGCCCGGGCGGAACCAACGGGCAGCCGCGGGGGCGUUGUGGGCCGUGGCGCGUUCCCCGGGCUCCUCGGCUCUGGGGCACUGAGGAGCCCGAUGCCGGGUUCUGCGCGUCAUUUCCGGUCCCGCGGGCGCCCCGUGAAGCCCACCUGGAUCCGCCAGCCCUGUGCCACUCCCCAGUGCCGAGCUCCGAGCUCCCUCCGCGGCCUCGCGCCCGGCCCCUCCACCGCGAGCCUCUCAGGCCCCGCCCGCAAGCGUCCCUUUGUUGUGAAGACGCCGGGGCUUAGACGGGGGCGCCCGAGCGCGGGGCCUAGCGCUAUGCCUGCGGCGGAGACUGCAUCAGGCUGUCGGUGGGUUCUGCUCGGUGAUCGGUGCUGGGUCCUGCGAGCGUCUGCUUCUGCGCUUUGCCUGGGAGAGGCCCUGGUGGCCUCGUUCCUGGCGCCCGGAGUCCCUGCUGCGGCCCCACCCCCGGGCGGUCACGGUGACCCAUGCUGCCCAGCCUGGAGGUAAAAUCGUUCGUGGUAGUGGCUUCAGCAUGUCGUCCUCGGUGAAAACCCCGGCACUGGAAGAGCUCGUUCCUGACUCCGAAGAGAAGCUGAAAGGCAGGUCGCCUCUCAGCUGGGGCUCUCUGUCUGGUCACCGAAGUGAGAAGAUUGUUUUUGCCAAGAGUGACGGCGGCGCAGAUGAGAACGUACUGACCGUCACCAUCACAGAGACCACGGUCAUCGAGUCAGACUUGGGUGUGUGGAGCUCGCGGGCGCUGCUCUACCUCACGCUGUGGUUCUUCUUCAGCUUCUGCACACUCUUCCUCAACAAGUACAUCCUGUCCCUGCUGGGAGGCGAGCCCAGCAUGCUAGGCGCGGUGCAGAUGCUGUCCACCACGGUUAUCGGGUGUGUGAAAACCCUCGUUCCUUGCUGUUUAUAUCAGCACAAGGCCCGGCUUUCCUACCCACCCAACUUCCUUAUGACGAUGCUGUUUGUGGGUCUGAUGAGGUUUGCAACUGUGGUUUUGGGUUUGGUCAGCCUGAAAAAUGUGGCGGUUUCGUUUGCUGAGACGGUGAAGAGCUCCGCCCCCAUCUUCACGGUGAUCAUGUCUCGGAUGAUUCUGGGGGAGUACACAGGGCUGCUGGUCAACCUCUCCCUCAUCCCAGUCAUGGGCGGGCUGGCGUUGUGCACGGCCACUGAGAUCAGCUUCAACGUCCUGGGGUUCUCAGCCGCACUGUCCACCAACAUCAUGGACUGUUUGCAAAAUGUUUUUUCAAAAAAGCUUCUCAGCGGGGACAAAUACAGGUUCUCGGCCCCGGAGCUGCAGUUCUACACCAGCGCCGCCGCGGUGGCCAUGCUCGUCCCGGCCCGGGUCUUCUUCACGGACGUCCCAGUGAUCGGGAGGAGCGGGAAGAGCUUCAGCUACAACCAGGACGUGGUGUUGCUGCUUCUGACAGACGGAGUCCUGUUCCACCUUCAGAGCGUCACAGCCUACGCCCUCAUGGGGAAAAUCUCCCCUGUGACUUUCAGCGUCGCCAGCACCGUGAAGCAUGCCUUGUCCAUCUGGCUCAGCGUAAUCGUUUUUGGCAACAAGAUCACCAGCUUGUCGGCCGUCGGCACAGCCCUGGUGACAGUUGGGGUCCUGCUCUACAACAAAGCCAGGCAACACCAGCAGGAGGCGCUGCAGAGCCUGGCUGCAGCCACCAGCCGGGCCCCAGAGGACAUGGUGGAGCCGCUGCUUCCACAGGACCCCAGGCAGCAUCCCUGAGAGCAGGAAGCUGCCAGCCGCUGCUGUCCUCAUGACACUGCAUCCCUCGGAAAUGGGCAGGGACGCCCUCCUCCAUGGUCCUGCUGGGGUGCAGGACACGGGGAGCUAAGUUGGCCAUUGCUGCGGCUUUCUCGGUUUGUCGGUGAAGACCAGCAGAAACUCAAACUGGGGAUUCCAGGUAUCAGCUUCCUGGAGUAGAGACCAGACCAGUAGCUGACCGUUGUCAGCUGAGCCCAUCCCCGUGUAAUGUGAAAACAGCCUCUGACGCUCCCAUGCUGGGGGUGCCCACUUCCUCUCUGGAUGGCACCCCAGGGUCCACGGGAAGCCAGAGCUAGGUCCAGUGCCAACGAGAGCUGCUCCCUGCUACAGCCAAGAGAGCACUCAGCUUCCCACACCAGCCAUCGAAGGCGCUUAGGCCCUGGACCGGCUGCAGACUGGCCCUGGGCAUGAGGCCACACAGCAGGGCCGACAGGAGGGGACAGAGUGCCCUGGAAGGGCCUCCUGCUGCCACAGUGGGCACUCAGAACUUCUCCCCAUCUGACCCAGGGCUGUGGGCAUCCUCAGACUAUCCCAGAGGCAUCGCAAGCCUCAAGCUUCAGCAUUGCAUGCUCAAGGGCUAUGACCACGGAGGCUGUUCAGUCGCUUCUGUUCAGAGGAAGGCCCCCUACCUCUUCCACACCCUGCCCUCCUAUCCCUUCCACACCCUGAGCUGCGUGAGCCCCCACCAUUCCCCCAGAGGACACCUUGCCCUCCUAUCCCUUCCACACCCUGGGCUGCGUGAGCCCCCACCCCGGGGUGCCCUGCCCGUCACCUUCCACAUCCUGGGCUGCGUGAGCUCCCCACUUUGGGGUGCCAUGCCCAUCACCUUCCACACCCUGGGCUGCAUGUGCCCCCCACUCUGGGGUGCCCCCUGCCCAUCACUUUCCACACCCUGGGCUGUGUGAGCCCCUGCCCGCCUCCCCCCAGGGGGCACCCUGCCCCCCUACCCCUUCCCCACCCUGGGCUGCAUGAGCUCCCCCCAACCCCAGGGCACCCUGCCCUCCUACCUGUGGUGGUUUCCAACCCUGAGGUUGAGGACAAACCUCUCUUGUUUAACUUGGGAGGAGAUGUGUACAUUCCUUUUCUUCUUUGGACUCCGAGUAUCAGGCAGGCUGUUCUGAGGUCCCCAUGGGCUGAGCCUGUCUGUCCUCCCUCAGAGCCCACUGUUCCUAAUCUCAUCAUCUAGCACCUGUCCGGUUCCCCAUGUGAGCCUUGGGCAGGAAACUGCAGUGUUGAUGGUUUGGGUUACGUGGCGUUUACCUGGGCGCCGUCCUUGCUGAAAAAGGAAGCGUCCGCACUGAAUGUUUCUGGGGCACGUGGUGUGUGUCAGGCGCCCACCCCGUCCCACUCUCCCCAAGGGACAGUAGUACUGCAUGCUGGGGCCACCAGCCAGCUCAACUCAUCCUCCUCAGUGUCACGCACCCCCGAGGGCACAGGAGGCCUGAGGAGUGGCUACUGGAGUUGUGUAUUGGGCAGAGGCUUCUGACCAUGUCCGAGCUCUUUACCCCCAAUCUCGCAGCCGGCGGAUUCCCAUGCCCGGUGCAGCCUGUUGCCAGCCAGCCUUUGAGACCCAGAGCUCCAGGGCUUGUCAGAGGCAGCAUGGGGCUCCAGUGGUCCCGAGUCUCAUUUCCCUGCCUGCUCUUUAGGCCUUUGGCACCCAUGGUCACUUCACUGGUUUUCCAUUUGGCCUCUCACCUGGGAAAUACAAAAAUAGCCCCUCGUAAAGAUAAAAUCGUUCAGAAACAGA